AUGUUUCAUAUGUUUGGAGUUAUCUUUGAUGAUAUAUUUAGACUCAAGUCCCCUCUUGGCAUCAACAACGGUUUCUAUGAGACUUGUUGGCGUACCUUUAGGAUCCUAGCUGAGGAUGAAGUGACUCGCGAUUUUCAUCUUCGCAUGCAAGUUAAAUCUUACUUUAUAUCCUUGAUAAUAAUUUUAGACACUUUUUCAGUUUCUUCCACUGCCAAGGAGAUGAGUAAUAAACGGUGCCUUGGCUCUUACAAAUGGCUGGUGCUAUCAGGAAAACUUUACCCAUCUUUGAUUCGGCCUCGUGGAACGCUUCUCUACCUAAAUCGGAGCAAUGUACGAGGUUUCCUCGCUCCUUUCGUUAUCCAGCAAUUUCAGCGAGGCCUCAAGAACACGCAAUCUUUUGAAUAUCUAGUGAAGCCUGCCUUCAGUUUCCAACGACAUUGGAAGCGUGCAGAGAAGGCUACCAAGGCUAAUGAGAAUUGGGUAUAUGGGGUGACAACGGUGCACCAUAAAUGCAUAGAACAGGCCUUCUCCUCCAGCCCGUGGCUUGUGCUUCGAUAUCUUACCGUUGUCCGGGGUUACAACCUAGUAUAUCCCUUUCACCACAGCGCCCUCCCCAGGUCAGACGAAAUUUUCGGACUCUUUUCGAUAAUAGAGCACAACCAAUGCCAUAACUUCUACCGUUUCUCUGCUGAGAUCCUUCGAGGUGUCCACCCAAAAGCCAUCGCCGAGGACCAUACCAGAAUGGUGGACGAUCUUCAUGAUGGCACCUCGUCUAUCCAGCGGAUAGUAGGCAUGAUUGGUAAAGGAAGUGGUAGAAUUGCUGGGUGUUUGACCGACCAUGGAGGAAUACGCUACCGAUAUGCAAAGCACAUUUCAAAAACUAUAGAACUCCACCAAUAUCGCACUAUAGAAUACGCCGAACGAGAUGAAUCAAGGUCAGAUUUAAGAAGUCUUAUUACAAGAGCGCAACGAGACUUGAACUCAGCUAGAGUUCGCUCGGCGCACACGGGGAGGGACAUGGAAACUCGGGUGGAGAAUCGAGAUUUGAAAGAACUCUCUUCAGCUGGGCGGAGAACGGCCUCUGAUUUAUUGGUAAACAAGUCAACUAAUACACCACAGGGAUAUGCGAACCGAGGAAAAAUGACCACAUUAAACCGACAGAAGGAACUGCUACAAAAGUCGGUGGACAAGGCGAAGAGUUUAUCCUUUAGAGUGGAGAAGAUGCACGGUACAAGUAACCCAACCAAAAGAGGGACUAUCACAGCGCACAAUCAAACCGAGACGAUAGCCAUUUUGUGUGAGGAUAAGAAUUCGCUUCGCCGACUGACCAGACCUUUUAUCGCCACACCAGAGGCUGUUGAGCACAACUCGUUGAGGUCUGGGUGUCAACCAUUGCGGUUAUUUCAGAUUCGUACUAUCCAGAAAUACUUUUCAGCCAUUCUCGCGUAG